AUGAGAGAGACAAGUGUUAAUAAUCAUGUAGAUACAACGACAAAAAUUGGAAUAUCACAUAAAGUAGAAAAUAUUCAUCUACGAGGGAUAUCAAUCGAAGUUGAUUCCUUUUCAGGUUCUAAAAUUUAUCCAGGUAGAGGUACCUUAUUUGUCAGAGGAGAUUCAAAAAUCUUUAGAUUCCAAUCAUCAAAAUCUGCAUCAUUAUUUCAUCAAAGAAAAAAUCCAAGAAGAAUUUCAUGGACUGUUUUAUAUAGAAGACACCAUAAAAAAGGUAUUUCAGAAGAAACUUCUAAAAAAAGAACUAGAAAAACCGUUAAACAUCAAAGAGCUAUUGUUGGUGCUUCAUUAGAAUUAAUUAAAGAAAGAAGAUCACAAAAACCAUCAGAUAGAAAAGCUGCUAGAGAUUCAAAAUUAGCUAAAGAUAAAGAAACUAAAAAAGCUGAUAAAGCUGCUAGAAAAGCCGAAAAAGCUAAAGCUGCUGCUUCAGGUGCUUCAGUUGUUUCAAAACAAGGUGCUAAAGGUUCAUUCCAAAAAGUUAAAGCUACUUCUCGUUAA